AUGCCCAUCAUCAGCAACGCCAACAAUGACUUCAGCACCUACUCCAUCAGCAGCGACGACAGCAGCCUCGACCGCUUCUUCACCGAGAUCCCAGAAACUGAGACCCUCAAAGGCGUCUACUUCCAGCGGGCCCAGCGGCUCCGCGACCCGAAGGCCUCCUACGUGGUGGACCACACCCUGCAGGUGCUCAUCAAUGUGGGGGGGAACCGCUACACCUUCCCCUGGAGCACCCUGGAGCAGUUUCCCCAGAGUCGGCUGGGACGUUUGCGGUUCUGCACGACGCCGGAGGAGAUCGCACGACUCUGCGACGACUACGACGAGACGGUCCAGGAGUACUUCUUUGACCGGAACCCCACCGCCUUCAGGGUCAUCCUCAACUUCCUGGCCGCGGGGAAACUCCGCCUCCUCCGGGAACUGUGCGCCGUGUCGCUGCACGACGAGCUGGACUACUGGGGUGUUGACCCGGGUCACAUGGAGCGCUGCUGCCGGCGCCGCAUGAUGACCCGGGUGGAGGAGGUGGCUGAGAGGGAGCGGAAGGAGAAGGAGUGGAGGCAGAAGAGGCUGCUGCUGAAGAAGAAGGCCCUGCAGGUGGAGCAGGGCCACCGCCGGCUGGUGUCCAUGCUGAGGGAGGUGGUGGAAAACCCCCACUCAGGCCUGGCGGGCAAGAUAUUCGCCUGCCUGUCCAUCAUCAUGGUGAUGGUCACCGUCAUCAGCCUCUGCAUCAGCACCAUGCCGGACCUGAGGGACGAGGAGACCAGGGGCGAAUGCUCCCAGAAGUGCCACAACAUGUUCGUGGUGGAGUCCAUCUGCGUCGCCUGGUUCACGCUGGAGUUCGUGCUUCGCUUCAUCAACGCUCAGAGCAAACUGGCGUUCGCUCGCGGCCCGCUGAACAUCAUCGACGCCAUCGCCAUCCUGCCGUACUACGUGUCGCUGGUGGUGGACGUCCGGGACCGGUCGCAGGAGGACGUGAUCAUGGGCGCCGGCCGCGGCUACCUGGACAAGCUGAGCCUGAUCCUGCGGCUGCUGCGGGCGCUGAGGAUCCUGUACGUGAUGCGGCUGGCUCGCCACUCGCUGGGCCUGCAGACGCUGGGCCUCACCAUGCAGCGCAGCAUGCGGGAGUUCGGCCUGCUGCUGCUCUUCGUCUGCGUGGCCGUCACCCUCUUCUCGCCGCUGGUCCACCUGGCCGAGAGCGAGCUGGCGCCGUUCGCCUCCUCGCACCCCCACCACAGCUUCAGCAGCAUCCCGGCCUCCUACUGGUGGGCCAUCAUCUCCAUGACGACGGUGGGCUACGGCGACAUGGUGCCGCGCAGCAUCCCCGGCCAGAUCGUGGCGCUGACCAGCAUCCUGAGCGGCAUCCUCAUCAUGGCGUUCCCGGCCACCUCCAUCUUCCACACCUUCUCCAGGUCCUACCAGGAGCUGAAGCAGGAGUACGAGCGGCUGUGGAAGGAGGAGCGAGACGAGGAGAUCGCCGCCGAGUCCGAGGAGAGCUGGACCAAGGUGGACCUGCCAGCUGACGGGGUCACGCCGGCGACCAAUCAGGGCGAUGACGGCGUGACGUCAGGAAACGCUCGUCAGUCCACGCUUCCGUCCACAGCGUUCUAGCAGCGUCCUGAUGUGUGAAGAUGGAGGCGUCCAUCUUCUAAAGUGGAUUCAGGCUCCAUGAUGACCCUGAAGUAGACGUUAUCUCACCUCCAUGUUCUGGGUUCACUCUUCAACUGCUUCCAACAAACUACCGUCAGGCUCUAGUCAGUAAACUCAUCACAUGCAGAACGAACCCUUUACUGAACGCUGAAAACAUAAACUAUCAUCUAGCUGCAGUUAUUCUUCCAUUUUAUGAAUCUGUUUUAUAUAAACACACAUUCGGCUGGUAGGAGACUGUGUUCAUGGCGCUCUGCUGCUACUGGCUGACAGACUAAUUAAAGAUGGCCGCCGCGUCCUCCCACUGAACCAAAGUGAAGCUGAAAUAUGGCAGAAACAGCUGCAGCCAUCUUGUCCUGCUCAUUU